AUGCAAUCCCACUAACCCCAGGACUACCUUCAGCUGUGAACUACCUAUAUCCUUUGCUCAAAUAAAAUCCGCAUUUUUUUUUGGUUUUCUCUUUUGCUCUCUAUAUGUGAAGACAUCCGCCCCCGCCCAAUAUUACCGAUGUGAUAUUUUACUCCGUAUGCUCCGUACCUGAGCAGCCAUGCAUCAUAUGCGAUUGCGACAUCAGCGCUAGCGUCCAAUUGUCACGGGGUUAUAUGAACGUCUAACCACGCCGCGAUUCUUCAAGAUACAUACAAAGCACUGUACCGCGAGUCUCUUUUCUAUAAUUUGUUAAGAAAAGAAGGUUACAUGCUGGAUAUCAUAAAUAAGGUUUAAAACUACGACAAGUCGAUUGUCAAAAGUCUAUAGCUCGCCCCCCGAAGGUUUCAUGUUCGGUAUCAUAGACAAGGUUACGACAAGUCGAUUGUUAAAGCAGAUAGCUGGUCAAAAUGAGUAACACAUUCUCGUCGGUCCCGACCAUUGACUUUUCUCGGCUUCAAAACCGAGAAACGAGAGAUGAAGCGCUCUCGCAGCUCAGAGAAGCGAUUUUUGUGGUGGGGUUCAUGUACCUGACGAAUACGGGAUUGGAGGAUCUGAUCAAAAAAGCACAUGCCAGAUUGCCUGAAUUAUUCGAGGCACCAGAAAAUGUCAAAGAAGCAUGCAAUAUGAUUAACUCACCAGCCUUUCUGGGCUAUACGCGCCUCGGAGCAGAAACGACGGCGUCAAAAACAGACUUCAGAGAACAAUUCGAUUUUGCCACGCCUGGGAUGAAGCAAUGGACGGAGCAGGAUCCGAUUUGGGACAGACUGGAGGGAAACAACCAGUAUCCCGAUAUUCCUGGCGUGCAAGACUUGGUAGAAGAGUACAUGAGCAGCGUGUCGAGACUAGCGGAAACGUUCAUACGAUAUGUUGCUGAAAGUCUAGGCCUGGCGCCUACGACGUUUGACGAGUUUGCUGGUAGGAUGGACCGGCUAAAGUUUGUUAAAUAUCCGCCGUCUCCGCCAAAUUCGCAAGGUGUUGGUCCUCAUAAAGACUCUUCGGGCUUUUUCACUUUUUUGUCUCAAGACAACAUUGGAGGCUUGCAGGUCCUCAAUAAUGCCGGUCAAUGGAUUGAUGUACCCCCGGUUGAAGGCAGCCUUGUCGUAAAUAUCCAGCAAGGAUUUGAAGCUCUAACAGGCGGUGUCUGUGCAGCAACGACGCAUCGAGUUAUUGCCCCGGUUGCACAAACAAGAUAUAGCAUUCCCUAUUUCCGCGGUAUCAGGAAGGAUCUUACGUUGAACCAGCUCAAGCAUUCGGCGGCACAUAUCACGAGUCGCAUCCCCACGAUUGAUCACCGCGCAAAGCAGGCAGUCGAUGUGCCUAGUGAAUUUCUUUCUCCUCUUUAUUCUUGUUUUGGCGAGGCGCAUUUGAGAAAUCGUAUCAUGAGUCAUCCAGAUGUGGGGCAGAAGUGGUACCCAGAAUUAUAUGCAAGGUUUUUGAAGCAAAAGAUUGAACAGGGGGCGUAAUUUACUUCUCUCAAUCUUUGGGUACGCAGGGUCGGAGGGGGUUCUAGAUGGGGGGCAAGUCUAGAAACUCUACCCGUUGCGGCUGCAGAGUCAAUGUAAAAAGAAUAUCAAUUGAAUGAAUUAAACUCCAAUCGCCGCAAUGGAUUUGACCUGAUACUUUUCAACUUUUUCUGGUCAGGUGGGAAAUUUGUGGAUGGGCAUAUAUGACUGACUAUAAAGAGCAGUGAGUCAGGCGUGCGUGG